AUGGUUUUCGGUAACAAUCCCAGCGGCCGCCUUCACAUGCACGUCUGCGGGCUCUACUACUUUGAACCGGUUCAUCAAAGCUCUUUCCCCGGUCCACGCAAAUAUCUCCCUCCGCUAUCCCAGUCGGUUCAUGCCCGCAUCAUUGCUUCGACUUCGCGGACCGCCCUCACUCAAACCUUCGUCAACCCUUCCUCCGACGCAGCCAUCCCAGAGCUUCGCUACAACUUUCCCCUAUACGAUGGCGUCUCGGUUGUUGCAUUUACCUGCACCAUCAACAAUGACCGCAUAAUCCGGGGUGUGGUGCAGGAGAAGAACACUGCCCGCAAGACGUAUGACGUCGCCGUCGCCAAGGGCCAGACGGCCGGUCUCCUCGAGCAGAUGCCUGACGCAAGCGACGUGUUCAGCACCACCAUUGGCAACGCGCCCGCCAGCGCCCAGAUCACCGUCAAGAUCGAGUAUCUCGGCGAGCUGAAGCAUGAUGCCGAAGUCGACGGCAUCAGGUUCACCAUUCCCACCUCCAUUGCCCCGCGCUAUGGCUCCUAUCCCGGCACGCUGUUGAGCAAGCCUACCAACGUAUCGACCCAGGAGGGCAUCAGCAUCGUUGUUGACGCCGAGGUGCCAUCCGGAAGUAUCAUCAAGUCGAUCCAGUCACCCUCGCACCCCAUCGCUGUGUCUGUCGGUUCGACCUCCACGAUGAAGGCUGACGCUACCCCCUCCCUUCAGCUCGCGUCCGCCACCCUCUCCUUGGGCACUGCAGAGCUGAACAACGACUUCGUCAUCCAGGUCAUCGCCACCAACACCUCCAACCCCGUCGCUGUCCUCGAGACACACCCCACGAUCCCCCACCAGCAGGCCCUCAUGGCCACCCUCGUUCCCAAGUUCAAGAUGGCCACCACCAAGCCCGAGGUUGUCUUCAUCUGCGAUCGUUCCGGCUCCAUGCAAGGCAGCAAGGUUAUUGACCUGAAAAGCGCGCUGAAGGUUUUCCUAAAGUCUCUCCCUGUCGGCGCCAUGUUCAACAUCUGCAGCUUCGGCUCAGGACAUUCCUUCUUGUUCGACAAGUCCAUGACCUACGACCAAAACACCCUGGAAACCGCAAUGAAGCACGUCGACACGUUCGAUGCCAACUACGGAGGCACUCAGAUCCAUGCUCCCAUCGAGGAAACCUUCAAGCGCCGCCACACCGAUCUCGACCUCGAGGUGUUUCUACUCACGGAUGGCGAAGUUUGGGGUGAGGAGAAUCUCUUCGCCAUGGUCAACAAACACAUUCAAGAGUCCAAGGGUGCGAUUCGUCUGUUCACUCUGGGAGUUGGCCGAGAUGUCAGUCACUCCCUCAUUGAGGGCCUCGCCCGAGCUGGCAACGGCUUUUCCCAGGCCGUCUCCGACAGCGAGAAGAUGUCCGGUAAGGUGGUCCGGAUGCUCAAGGGUGCACUCACGCCACACGUGAACGACUACACCCUGGAGCUCAAGUAUGCCGAUGCCGAGUCGGAAACGGAGCCCGAAGACGACUUUGAGGUGAUUGAGCCAGACUCUGCGACUUUCCCCAAGCCCCUUGACCAGGGCGCACCCGAACAGCCCAAGAAGCCCAUCUCACUCUUUGAUACUAGCGCAGGCGAGGACAUGGAAGUGGAAGACGAGAAGCCAAGGCUCGAUGGAACUGGUACGGAGCGGUACUCUCAUGUCCCUGUCGUCAAGCCCCCAAAGGUGCUCCAGGCGCCCUUCCAGAUCCCGCCCCUCUAUCCUUACAGCCGCACUACCGUCUACCUUCUACUCUCUCCCAACAGGGAGCUGAAAGAUAAGACGCCGGAGUCUCUUAUCCUCCGUGGAACGUCAUCUCAAGGACCUCUGGAGCUCCAGGUCCCCAUCGCGAUCCUUCAGGAGAAGGCCGAGACCAUCCAUCAACUCGCCGCUCGAAAGGCCGUCAAGGAGCUGGAGGAGGGCCGUGGCUGGAUCUUCCAUGCGAAGAGCAAAGACGGCCAGUCACUCAAGGAAAAGCACCCGGGUCGAUUCCCUAGCAUGGUGGAACGAGAAGCUGUCCGUCUUGGUAUCCAAUUCCAGGUUGGUGGCAAGUGGUGUUCAUUCGUUGCUGUCGACAACGACCCAACUUGCACAGGGUCCAAGGAGGAUGAGCAACAAGAGUCGACGAACGCCCCCAUUUCCGCGACACCGCCCCUGCGUGCGCCCAUGAGAAAAAUGAAGGCAAUGGCCCGUUCGGCUUUUAGGGUCUCGUCUUCUGCACCCAUGCCAAGCGUCCCCGCUCAACCAGCUUCAAUGGCACCGCAGUCACAGAUGUUCACCAUUAUGUCGUCAGCGAAUUCAUUGGCGAGAACAGCAGGAGCUCCAACCAGUGGAAACUUGUUCGGCCAGUCUGCAAACCCCUCGGCCGUUUCCCCUCCUACCUCUAUGACUGGGGGGUUUGGUAUAACGAGAGCGUUUGGUGGCCCUUCUGGAAGUCUUUUUGGUGCACCGGCAUCUUCAUAUUCUCCCUUUGGCACAGCCACUGCCUACUCUGCCUCACCUUCCCAAACAGGUGGCCUCUUUGGCAAUAACUCUGGAGGGGGUCUUUUUGGUGGACAGCCAUCCCCACCGCUCGCCUUUGGCAUGGAUGACUCUCCCUCUCCCUUUCCUCCCCAAACAGGAAGCCUCUUCGGUGGACAAAGGUCCGGAGGAAGUGGGUUCGGUGUGAGUGUUGCUCCUCCCCCCCCGCCAGCCCCUCGCUCUGGUAUCCAAUGGACUGAGGGUGAUGAGCCUCCAAUCGUGCAAGCGUGCGCAUUGGCCCCGCCAACUGCACAAGUCGACGACGCCCUUUUAGGGCAGUAUAAGAAAGAAAUGGCCGAAGCUGCGUCGAUGCCCCUCCCCGAUGAGGAUUACGAUGAAGAUGACAUGGAUGGUAUGGGUGACAUGGCGGGCAGGCCAGAUGCAAGUAGGGAUGGUUCCCUCAUGUCUCCCUCUGACAAGUUCUCUGCCCUUGUUUCGCUGCAAGACUUCAGUGGCUUUUGGGUGUGGUCGGAGAAGCUUUUCGCCAUCCUUGGCAUCUCGGCCCGGGAUGUCAAGAGCACGGUGGAAAAGAUUGUCGAUGGCAGUUCUCAUUCAAAUGCAUCAUCCACCGCUGCCGUUGUCGCUUUCUUGCGAAAGAAGUUGGCGGGUGAGCGUGACAGUUGGGAGAUGAUGGAGGAAAAGGCUGUGGCUUGGCUCGAGGCCGAGCUGGGAGACAAGACUCAGAACGUCUUGAAUGCUCUUGAGCAGCUUUUCUGA